CGUUUCUAUUUAAAUGAAUAUAAAUUAUUCAAAUUAUGUACACAGUGUACAUUGUUUUAUUUUAUUUAUUCAAUGUUAUUGUAUGCCAACAUGAUCAUGGCCAUUCCAAAACAAUGUAUGACAAAUUAUCCAACCAAAUUAUUAGCAAAAUUAACAAAGCUAAAAAAGAAUACACUCCUUGUGAAACAAAGAAUGGAACAUGUUUUUUUCCAAACAUUUUGAAAGAUCUAGAGCCAUUUAAAGAUGGUAUUACCCAUGAAAUGAUAACUGCAGCAGCAGACAAAGGAACUCGUUAUAUGAUUUUUAAUCAUGACUUAUACAGAGAAACUAAGUGUAUGUUUCCAGCCCGCUGUGAAGGUAUUGAACAUUUUUUAACCAAAAUUCAAUUAAAUACUCCAGAUGUUGAGUUCAUUUUAAAUACACGAGAUUGGCCCCAAAUAAUAAAACAUUAUGGUGAUCCUAAACCAGUAUUUUCUUUUAGCAAGACAGAUGAUUAUGCUGAUAUAAUGUAUCCUGCUUGGUCUUUUUGGAGUGGAGGGCCAGCAAUUAAACUGCAUCCAUCAGGACUUGGCCGAUGGGAUUCUCUGAGAAAAUCUAUUUUGAAAAAAUCUGAACAAUGGCCAUGGAAACAAAAAAUGUCUAAAGGGUUUUUUCGAGGUUCUAGAACUAAUGAACAGCGUGAUUCGCUCAUAGUUUUAUCAAGAAAUGAACCAGAACUAGUCGAUGCAGCAUAUACAAAAAAUCAAGCCUGGAAAUCUAAUAAGGAUACACUUUUUGCUCCACCAGCAGAUGAAAUAUCAUUAGAAGACCAUUGUCAAUAUAAAUACUUGUUUAAUUUUCGAGGUGUAGCAGCUAGUUUCCGUUUCAAACAUCUGUUCCUAUGUAAAAGUCUUGUUUUUCAUGUAGGAGAAGAGUGGAAGGAGUUUUUCUAUCAAUUUAUGAAACCUUGGUAUCAUUAUGUACCAAUAAGUCCAAAUGCAUCCGAAAAUGAUAUUAAAAAUAUUUUAGUAUUUUUCAAAGAGCAUGAUGAUCUAGCCAAAGAAAUUUCAGAACGAGGUUAUAGAUUUAUCAGAACUCAUUUAAGAAUGAAAGAUAUAACAUGGUAUUGGGAAACACUGCUGCAUGAAUAUGCCAAAUUAUUAAAGUACAAACCAAAACUAGACAAUGAACUWCACCUAGUUAAUAGGUGAUCUUCUACCAGGCAUAAUGUUUUUGAAUUUUUCAACAAUAUGAACAUAAUAUAUACCGUAACAGUUUUAAAAAUUUAUAAAGACUGCUGUA